CUCGGUGUGGUCCUCUAUGAUAAACAGUCGUCAUUACGAAACUGAAAGUGUUACUGCGACUUGGGGACCGCUAGUGCUUAACAAAGCCCAUAUCGUAUCAAAAGCUUUUUAGAGAUUAUGUCUUCAGCCAUUGGAAUUCUGCUUGUGGGGAUUUUCACUGUAACUGUCCCAUCAACUGCUGAUUUUGUGACUAUGGAGUGUCAGAGCAGCACUGGUCACCCUGGCCAGUCCUCAAGGCUGAACUGUGUGGUGAAAGCACAACGGGAAUUUAAAAUAAUGCAGGUCUUCUGGAGGAAAGAUGGUGACCUUGUGAUGAAAUUCGAUGGUGGUACACAAAUAGAGGAUGAACGAUUUCAGUUGGCAGACACCAACUGGAUGAACAGCUAUGAUUUAUCCUUACUUGUGAAGGACACCAAAAUCUCAGAUGAGGGCAACUAUUCAUGCAUCGUGGUCACUAACAGGGGGAUAAGUAAAGGAGAUGCCAGAUUAGAUAUAGAUAAAAGAGGUCUCGGAGGACAAGUAUUUUCUUUUCCAGAGGGAUACGUCAGCUCUUAUGUGAGGCUUACACCGUUAGUCUCAAAGGCCCUCUCCUCCGCCACUUUCUGCUUACGCUUUUACACAGACCAAUUAUCAAAUGACAAUGUUCUCUUUUCGCUAGACAUAACCGGACAACCAGCUGCUCUCACAAUAUUUGGGCAUUUCAGUCAACAACCACACUAUGAAUUGCGCAUUGAGGACAAGAGUCUCCUUUUCUUUGGCCUACAGUACAACUUGAAUAAGUGGAACUCACUAUGUACAGCCUGGGAUGGGAGCACUGGGAUGUCUCAGAUGAUCGUCAAUAAGACGCCCAGUGUCAGGAAACUUGCAAAUCCUGGAGGUUCCCUUGCUGCAAACAACAGUGUAAUACUUGGACCAAAUUGGACGUCAUUCAUGGGACAUAUCACUGAUGUGCAUGUUUGGGACUACGUCAACUCACCAUCCGAAAUCCAGAAUUAUAUGGAGAAUGAUUUUGUGAACUACACCCUGGGUAAUUACCUAAAUUGGAGAUCGUUGGAUUACUCCAUAAAUGGAUAUGUGCUGGUUGAGGACAUUAAUACAUUAAAUUCAUGGAAUUAGAGACAGUGUGCACAAAGGCUACACAAUUACCUGUUACCCUGACCAUGCACUAUUUACCAGCAUUCACAAGCAUUUACCGGUAACAGCAUCUAUCCAUUCGCUUAUGACAAAGUUCACUUAAAAUCAGUAUCAGUAUUUUAGAGCAGACCAUACACACAUAUCACAUUCUUACCAAACAAAUCUGUUGGCUGAAAUCUUUCAUGUUGACUGUGUUACUAAUGUGACUCACCUAUGGUGGGAGUAAAGGUUACAUGUCAAAACACAGCCUAAACCAAACUAUAUGGAAAUUGUAGUGCAACUGGCAUCAGCUAAACAUAAUGUUGAUUUUAAUGUUGAUUUAAUGAUGAUUUUAAUGUUGUUGCAAACGAUCAUGGGCGUUAGGUUGCUCUUUAAACUAUGUAUUUUUGAGUUGGAGAAAAAUAAUAGUCUAGUAAAAUAAAAGUAUUGGUGUUUAUUUACACAGAUCAAAACAAA